GCUGCUGCCCGGGUCUCCGAUGAGCAACAAUAUCAUCUGAGAGAGGAUCAUGGAAUAAACAUGGCCCACAACCGCAGCUUUUUCUUCGAAGCCCUGGAUAGAUCAGACACCAGGCGAGAUGGAGGGUACAAGCACAACUGGAGCUUUUCUCUUUCUGGUGACAGUGAAGAGGAAAGGAGUCAUGAUGCGAAUGUGGUGAGCGUGGAGGAGAUGGACAGGGAGCAGCCAACCUCCCCAGAGGAGAAAAAGUCUCCCACUCUUAGGCACUUCAGUUCCUCUGACCCUUUGAGAACGUAUGAAAACCGGCCAAAUAAUCACAUGAGGCCUCUGAACAAGCUGGCGCCCAAAAGGCUCAGCGAGGUUCCUCUCACAGUAGCAACGUCCUCCCCCAUCCCCAACAGAACCAACUAUUUUAUCAUCAGUCCCGCACCUUCACAAGGAAUUGUUUUACAAGGGCGACACUUUCAGCACGCACAAAUGCCCUCUGCAAUAAGGAAACCAGUCCAAAGCAGCCUUGAUUUGAAGGAAAGAAAUGAAUUCUCCACCACACAGCAAGCUGUAGAAGUGGACAGCAUAGUACUCACCUGUCCAGAGAUUUCGGAAGGGGAGACCAUGAACGUAAAGCGUCGUGUCCAGCAGAAGAGGAAAGCGUUGGAGGACUGCUGCACUUUUCCUUCACAGGUUAAAGCAGCGGAGCCUCUGCGGCCGACUGUCUAUCAUAUGGUGUGUGCCAAGUGCAACAAGCCGAGCGAGGACAGCACCAAGUGUCAGAACUGUGGGAGUGGUCCGGCGUUGCUGCCCUGUCAGCAGGCCACGCUGACAUCCCCGACCCCCCGGCCCCCCAUCCGAUCCCAGCCCUCCCCGGGACCAAACAGCCUGCAACAGAACUUCUACAAACCGGCUACGACCAUAAGGGGGCCCCGUGGUGAGACUCUACCCAUACGCAUCACUAGCACCAGGGCGACUUUGGUGCCUCUGAGCAACGGCAGGUCCCCUCUGUUAGCCGGGACGUCGAGCUGCUGUGGAGCCAGGAAUCCGCCCAAAGGGAAGAGGACGACAGCAGCGAAGCAGCAUGAGCUCAACGACCCCAUUGUCCUGUCCAGUGAUGAUGAGGAGGAGGCAGACAACGCCAGCACAGGAAGUGUUAACAGACUGGACAGUGUCUCUCCUCGACCUGCAGACUCUGCUCACUCCUCACCGGUGCCCUCAGGAGGCAGAGUGGAGGCCGCCGUGAAGAGCGCCGGAGAGCAGGAGGAGCCCAAUGCUGAAUUCUUUGAAGACGUCAACAUGAAGAUCACGAUACCACGGAGAGCCCGCAUGAAAGAUCAGUUUGGAAAUCAACCUCCGGAGCAGUUUUCACGGAGGAUAAAGAAGCCCAAAUUCAUGCCCAACAAGUGUGACAGCAUCAUACUGGAGUGUCGGAGCGUAAGAAUAGGAACUCUGCGCAGGAUGGUGACCAAGCCCGUUGUGUUUUCCACCGACAACAUCCAGCUGGAAACUGAAGGCCCAGAGCGCGACACCGUCGAGAAGAUUUGUCUUAAGGCGUCAGAGCUGAUCAGAUGCGAGUGGUGCAACGCCCGGAAACUUCCGGUCUUGUUCUUCCAGACGACUCCGGAGGAGUGUGUCCGCCUGCGCACGCAGCUCAACAUGUCCCAGGAGCAGGGAGCCCAGUGGUACAACUGCUCAGGGGACCAGUCGGAUGAGAAGUUUAUUGUUUUGAUCUUCGAGAAUGGGCUGGCGAUGAAGGAGCAGAUGAUCCUGGAGGACAUCCUGGGCGAGAUCGGCAGGACCAACAACCUCAUACACUUCCCCUGUAAGCUGACCUUCGAGGAGGCCAACAUCCGAUUGGUCAACUACAACAAGGCGUCCAAACAGAAGGAGGAGAAGGAGAAGCCGAUACAAACCCCUCCCAAAAUCACCCAAGGCUCCCCGGUUACUAAGGUCACUCAGGUUACGCAGGUCACCCCGGUGAGCCCGGUCACCAUGCCCGUACGCACACGGAUGGCCACCCGUCAACACACCAGCACCUACUUUGAAGACGAGGAUGAGGACAUGACCGACCUUCAGCCCACCUUCUCUGGACCAAUUGUCAAAUUAAUGGUGUACCCUCCUCCUCCAGCCAAAGGUGGCAUAUCAGUCACUAAUGAAGACCUCCACUGCCUUAAUGAUGGAGAAUUCCUAAAUGACGUUAUAUUAGACUUUUAUUUAAAAUAUUUAGUUUUAGAGAAAUUGAAAAAAGAGGACGCACAAAGAAUCCACGUGUUCAGCUCCUUCUUUUAUAAGAGGCUAAACCAGAGAGAGAGGAGGAACGCUCCAGACACAACAAACCUGCCAAUCCAGAAAAGGAAGCACAACAGGGUGAAGACGUGGACUCGGCAUGUAGAUCUGUUUCAAAAGGACUUUAUCUUUGUUCCCAUCAACGAGUCAGCUCACUGGUACCUAGCAGUGAUCUGCUUCCCAGGUCUCAGUGGUCUGGUGUAUGAGCAGAACCCGCUGUACCAAGGCAGCACGCCUGGUCCAGCCCCCGCCUUGGCUGCAGAGCCCCCGUCAGAGGACAACAUCCCGGACCACUGUCGUCCCCUGUCCCCGGACAAAGAUGGGCUAGACAGCUCCUCGGAGAACCCAUCCCCUGUUGUCCCCGAGGCACACCCUGAAGGGCACACUGACGGUGACUCAGUCUUCACAGAGGGGGGAACAGAGCCUCCCCACACCCUGGCAGCGUCAGGAAAUGGCCAGGGUGACACAGAGCAACAGUACACAAGUGGGUUGCAAAGAAUCAGUGUUUGUUACAGUUCAGGAAAAGGAGACGAUGACACCUACACCUUCUCUGAUGACCAAAGCUCUUGUCAGGAUGAGUGCAGUGAGGACGGCACACUAGCUGAAGACACACUCGGCCCUGAUGCCUCUGGUUUGGCCUCUAAAGUAAACCUCUGCAAACAGCCUUGUAUCCUCAUCAUGGACUCCCUGCGUGGUCCGGCCAGGUCGACUGUGGUGAAAACUCUGAGAGAGUACCUGGAGGUGGAGUGGGAGGUGCGUAAAGGGACUCAGCGGAGUUUUGGGAAGGAUGUGAUGAAGGGCUCCAGCCCACGUGUGCCUCAGCAGGAUAACUUCAGCGACUGUGGAGUUUACGUCCUGCAGUAUGUGGAGAGCUUCUUCGAGAAUCCAAUUCCUAGUUUUCAUUUGCCGAUGAACUUGUCUGAGUGGUUUCCUCAGCCGCGGAUGAAGACGAAGCGCGAGGAGAUCAAGGAGCUGAUCUUGAAGAUACAGGAGCAACAAGAACUGGACAAGAAGGAGUCUGAGCCCGUCGAAGCUCCGCCCAGCUCUCCUGGAGAGCCCGAGAUUGAAGAGACUUCUGGGUCAACGGAUCGGCCGUUAAACCUACCCAUCAGCCCCUGAAAGGACCCCACCCUCCUUCUCCUCUCCCUUCACUCCCAGGCCCAGUGAGGGGGCCAAACCUGAUUGUACGCUGCUGGUUUCACUUCAACGUGUCUGAAGCUGUCCUUAACUCCCUCCAUUAACCACAGACAUCAAACACACCUUUAAAUUUGUAUUGAAUAAAACAUGAUGUGUAAAUAUGCUGGAGUUUUUCCGCUGCCUUUGUAAUUUACUGUUUUAUGACUCAGUCAUGAAGUGGCCCAUUAAGUUAUGUUUUCAUAGAUGUUCUCUCCAGGAGAAUCUGUGCAGAAGAUACUGUUGAUCUCUUGCAUCAUUAUUUUUUAUGCUUUCUAGUUGUGUAGAGGAAGACAAAAACAAUAAUAAGAAAACAUAGAGGCAGUUGCUGUUAUUUGUAAGUUAACAGUCCACCCGUUUCAAAAAACUGUUUCCAGAGAGUUGAUGAGUCACAUGCGUAGUUCAGUGCUUGUUGUGUCUCUUCGAUGUGGAGUGGAUGAAUUUUCAGCAUUAAAAGCAACUCUAGAUGCAAGAGCACUUCA